AUGAACCCGCAGCUCGCGUCGAGGGCACUUGCGCGCGAGGAGCGGCCGCAGCUCCUCUCUUCGCAGGCGGACACGCCGUGGGGCGCCGCCAUCUCUGAGGGCGAGAUCAUCGUGCUCGGCACGCCCGUCCUCAAGCGCCGCUUUCUCUCCGUGCUCGCCGAGACGUGGGUGCGCACGCUGCUCCGCUUCAAGGCGAGGCUCGUCGACGAGGCGCGCGCGCGCUAG